AAACACACUCAUACACAAAUUGAAAAUUUCCGUGCCUUGGCGCCGACCCCUCUCCUCUGCUUCUCCUUUCCUCCCUCCACCAUAUUCUCUGGCGACGUCUAGCCAGCCUACGCCGAUAGACCUGUAACAGAGAGAGAUUAAUAAACUCAAGGUUGAACGAGAGAGGGCUGGUUGAGGAAGAGCCGACGACGGGAGCAGGCCUGGUUCCCCUCCGACACAGCGCCAACAAUGUCCUCUCCUCCGGAGUUUGAUGCUUAGCUAGAGUGAGAGAGAGAGAGACCGAGAGCUGUGCGAGAGAAGUCAUUCAAGGUGAGUUACUCUAUUCUCCGGUGAGGCAGCCUCUCCUCCGUCCAAAGACGAGCAGUAAAUCCGGUGACCUCCGACCGCGGCUGUUGAACGGGUAGUGAUUUCGAUUUUGGAAGCUUAGGAUUUGAUACUUCACCCACUAAAAGAGUACACACUACAGUACCUUAUAUCAUGGCUAUUGAGUGCCUCAUUCUAGGUGCUGGUCAAGAGGUAGGAAAGAGCUGUGUGGUUGUGACAAUAAAUGGAAAGAGAAUAAUGUUUGACUGUGGUAUGCACAUGGGUUACCUAGACCACCGCCGAUACCCUGACUUUUCUCAGAUUUCCAAUUCUGAAGACUUUACAAAUUCACUCUCUUGCAUAAUAAUCACCCACUUCCACCUAGACCACAUUGGAGCUCUCCCAUAUUUUACUGAAGUUUGUGGAUAUAAUGGUCCAAUUUACAUGACGUUUCCUACAAAAGCCUUAGCUCCAUUAAUGCUUGAGGAUUAUCGGAAAGUGAUGGUUGAUGGAAGAGGAGAAGAGGAGCAGUUUAGUUCUGAGCACAUAGUUGAAUGUAUGAGGAAAGUCACUGCAGUGGAUCUAAAGCAAACUAUUCAGGUUGAUAAAGAACUCCAGAUCCGUGCAUAUUAUGCGGGGCAUGUUCUUGGGGCUGCAAUGUUUUAUGCCAAAGUUGGAGAUUCUGCCAUAGUGUACACUGGGGAUUACAAUAUGACUCCUGAUAAACAUCUUGGAGCAGCUCAAAUUGACAAGUUGCAGCUGGAUCUUGUUAUAACUGAGUCAACUUAUGCAACAACCUACCGUGAUUCAAAAUAUGUUCGGGAGAGGGAAUUUCUUAAAGCAGUUCACAAAUGUGUUGCUAGUGGAGGAAAAGUGCUAAUACCUACGUUUGCUUUGGGAAGAGCUCAGGAACUAUGUAUGCUAUUGGAUGACUACUGGGAAAGAAUGAAUCUUACUGUUCCAAUUUAUUUUUCGGCAGGUUUGACCUUGCAAGCGAAUAUAUACUAUAAAGUUCUCAUCAACUGGACCAGCCAAAAAGUCAAAGAUGCGUAUGCUGUGCGCAAUGCAUUUGAGUUCAAAAAUGUUCGCAGCUUCGAUCGUUCCCUCAUUAAUGCUGCGGGACCUUGCGUACUUUUUGCUACUCCUGGAAUGAUUAGUGGUGGCUUCUCACUUGAAGUUUUCAAGCAGUGGGCUCCAUAUGAACAUAAUCUUGUCACUCUGCCAGGAUAUUGCGUGGCUGGAACCAUAGGACACAAGCUGAUGUCAGCCAAAACACCUACCAAAAUUAGGCUCGAUGAUGAUGUCCAAAUUGACGUGAGAUGCCAGAUCCAUCAACUGUCUUUCAGUCCUCACACUGAUGCAAAAGGAAUCAUGGAUCUCAUCACAUUCCUAUCCCCGAAGCAUGUGAUUCUUGUACAUGGCGAAAAGCCUAAGAUGGCUGCACUUAAAGAAAAGAUAGAAUCUGAAUUAGGAAUGCAAUGCUACUACCCGGCAAACAAUGAAGCCCUAUCCAUUCCUUCCACACUUCACAUAAAAGUCAACGCCUCGGACGCAUUCCUGCAGAGCUGCUCGUACCCAAACAUAAAGUUCUCUACUACAACUUCUGAUGCAGCAGACAACAUGGAACCACAUCCUCCUCCUCUACAGAUUUGUGAUGACAGACUAAGUGAUGGUAUGCUGCUAAGUGGUGAGGCCCCAAAAGUCAUAAGUCAGAGCGAAAAAGAAAACGAAAACCACCUGGUGAAGUUUGCUUACUGUUGGCCCAUCGAUAUCAAUAUCAAUAUCAAUACCAAAGAAGGGGAAAGGGAGUCAUCACUGCUGCUGCAUACGAUCUAUGAGAAACUUGGCAGAGAAUUGUCGGAAUGUGAGGUAUCCGAGUGCCAAGAACAUGUGCAGAUUGGUUCGGUGGUGACGGUGUCAUUUUGUUCCAAAGUAGAAUGCGGCUUCACUGAUGAUGAUCCACAUUUGUGCUGCCUUUGGCCGAUAGCCGCUGAGGACCUUGCUCGCCGAGUCAUUUCCGUCGUCAAGAAUAUGUAAGACUUGAACGUAUUAAUUUUAGCUUCUUAAUUAACUUAAUUGUGUUUUAUCUCCUUGUUUCUUCUUUUUUGUUUUUGUCAAUUUCUGGUAGGUAGGUCAUUCGAAAUGGUUGGAGUUAUAGAUGUGACAACUCAAUGUUGUUAUAUGCUCAACAUGGUGCACUGUCUAUAUAAAUCUUAAUAAAUAAUACAUUAUCAAAUUUGUA